AUGUGGCUCUUUGGCUCCUUAAAUGCGGCUCUGGCACAAAUAUCCACGGAAGGCGCUUGGGGAUUGCCUCCUCGGUUGCUGAGCCCUGGAGGUGUAGGGGUUGUCCCAUUAUCAUUCUUGGCGGUCUUACCUUAUCCUAUCUUUGCAACGUCAGGGAUUGACCCACGGUUGCUGAGCCCUGGAUAUGUAGGGGUUGUCCCCCUAUCAUUCUUGGCGGUCUUACCUAACCUUCCCUUGCAACGUCAGGGGAUUGCCUCCUCGGUUGCUGAGCCCAGGAUGUGUAGGGGUUCCCCCUUGCGUCUUUCAGGUUGUCCCUGGGAGUGUGAGGUCACCUAUCCUUCCAACGUCAGGGGAUUGACUCCUCGGUUGCUGAGCCGUGGAUGUGUAGAGGUUGUCCCCCUAUCAUUCUUGGCGGUCUUACCUUAUCCUAUCCUUGCAACGUCAGGGGAUUGCCUCCUCGCCCCCUUGCGUCUUUCAGGUUGUCCCUGGGAGUGUGAGGUCACCUAUCCUUGCAACGUCAGGGGAUUGCCUCCUCGGUUGCUGAGCCCUGGAUGUGUAGGGGUUGUCCCCCUAUCAUUCUUGGCGGUCUUACCUUAUCCUAUCCUUGCAACGUCAGGGGAUUGCCUCCUCGGUUGCUGA